UUCUCUCUUUUCAUCAACGACAAUGUCAUACCAACAAUUAGAUAAAGAGUUUCCGACUUAUAAAGAGUUAUUUGAGAUCCCAACCCAUAAGUCUUUAGGGGUGUCAGAAGCCAAAGAUGACUCGAUUUAUUUUUGUGGGAAUUCACUUGGGUUAAUGCCUAAAAAGACCAGAGAAUCAAUUAAUAAUGAAUUAGAUGCAUGGUCUGCUAGAGCAGUUGAAUCGCAUUUUAACCAUCCUAAUGCUACCCCUUGGAUGGAUAUAGACUUGCCGUUGGUUCCGUUAUUGGCCCCAAUUGUGGGUGCCAAAGAAACUGAAGUUGCCAUUAUGGGAUCACUCACGAGUAAUUUAAACGCAUUACUUAUCAGUAUGUAUAAACCAAAAGGACAGAAAACAAAGAUUUUAUUCGAAAAACAAGCGUUUCCAAGUGAUUAUUAUGCUUUCUUGAACUUGGUUAAAUUAUUCGGUUAUGAUGAACUGCACUUGAUCCAAUUAAGUCCCAAAGAUGGAGAAACUUAUUUAAAUACCAAAGAUAUUUUGAACGUAAUUGAUGAAAAUCACCAAGAUUUAGCAUUGGUCGUAUUCCCUGGAAUUCAAUACUACACUGGUCAAUUCUUUGAAAUUGGUAAAAUCACUAAUCAUGCUAAAAAAUAUGACUUGAUAGUAGGAUGGGAUUUAGCUCAUGCCGUGGGUAACGUUGAAUUAAGUUUACAUGAUUGGAAUGUAGACUUUGCUGCAUGGUGUUCUUACAAGUACUUGAAUUCAGGUCCUGGUGCAAUUGCCGGGAUAUUUGUUAACGAACGUUAUACUAAAGAGAAUUCUAAGCAAAGUUUCCCGGCAAGAUUAGCUGGAUGGUGGGGGAACAAUUCUCAAGAGAGGUUUAAGAUGGUGGAAGAGUUUGAUCCGAUCCAAUCGGCGCUUUCUUAUAGACAAUCCAAUCCUUCAGUGAUUGACGUUGUGUCGUUGAAAACAUCAUUAGAAAUAUUUGACCAAAUUGGAAUAAAAAAUUUAAGAAAGAAGAGUUUAAAAUUAACUAAAUUUUUAGAAGAUCGAUUGAUUAGCUCGCCAUUUUACCAAACUAAUGAAUCUAAUGGAUUUGGGUUUAAGAUCUUAACUCCUCUCAACCAAGAAGAAAGAGGAUGCCAAUUAUCAUUACUUUUCCAACCUCAUGACGAUAUUAAAGAACAUAAUGUUAUGGAAAGAGUAAAUGAAUAUUUGCACGAACAAGGUAUUAUUUGUGAUGAAAGAAGACCCGAUGUUAUCAGAAUAGCACCAGUUCCUUUAUACAACACUUUUGAAGAAGUUCAUAUUGUUACUGAACAAAUUUUUGAAAUAUUAAAUAGAAUCAAAAAAGAUUAUAUAUAA